UUUAUUUCAACAAUAUUUUAUUUAGAUCUAGUAAUAGUUAUUUAAAUGGGAGAUAGUGAUGAAGAGUAUGACAGGCGACGCGGUCGUGAUAAAUUUAGAGGUGAAAGAAAUGAUUAUGAUGCACGUAGACCUCCACCUCGAGCCUAUGAUCGUGCAAGAGGUGAACGAGUAAGAACCUCUCAUGAAAAUAAUAACUGGGAAAACAAGGCUUCAAAAAGAGAUUAUUAUGGUAGAGAUGCCCAUGAGCGCAGAGAUAGUUUUGGUCGUAACUCAAGCCCACCAUCAAAAAGAUCUAGGAGAGAAUGGGAAGAACAGUCACCAUGGAGAGGAUCAGACUCAAAUGCUUUAAUGUCUCAUGACAACAAAAUAAAUGGUAGUCCUUCUCUGAUGGGUUUUAAAGAGUUUAUAUUGCAACAAGAAGAUGAUAUUGAUGAAAGUGAAGCCAUACGUCGAUACCAAGAAUAUAAGGUGGAAUUUAAGCGAACUCAGAUAAAUGACUUUUUUGUUUUGCAAAAAGAUAAAGAAUGGUUUAAAGAGAAAUAUCAUCCAAUAGAGAGUUCAGCUCGUAAAGCUGUUAUUCGUAAUGGAUUAAGAAAACGUCUCAGAGUUUUUCUGGACUUGUAUGAAGCAGGAUAUAUUGACAAUGUUUCAUUGAACAUUAUUGCAACCUCUGAAGUAUUAAAAUUUUUAGAUAGAGUUAUUAUAAAACUUGAAGGUGGCAGUAAAGAAGAUCUAGAUGCUCUUGACAUUCCUCCUGUCAAAGACAAAGAUGUUAAAACAGACGGUGAUGGAGCAUUAAAAGAAGAUGAUCGGGGAGAGAAAAAGCAAAGCGAGGAACAUGGAGUUGAUGAUGGUGAUGAUACAAAAGAACCACUUCCACCUGGAAUGGAAGAUGACGAAGAACUUGAAAUACCUGGAAUAGGCAAUGAAGAGAAGUUAGAAGUUAAAUAUGAUGGUGUCAAUGAUAAGAAAAAUGAUGAAGAAACAAAUGAUGCUACUUUGGUCAAAAAUGAUGAAGAAAAGUAUGUAUAUGAUGGGUUACAUAUGAAAAGACCAGUUUCAUUGUUCAUGCGCAACAUUCCUUCUAAUGUUAGUCGUCAUGAUUUAGUUACAGUGUGCGAGCGCUACCCAGGUUACUUACGUAUGGCACUCUCUGAUCCAUCUCCUGAUCGCAGAUGGGCACGUCGUGCUUGGGCUACUUUUGAACAUAUGGUGAAUAUUAAGGAUAUAUGUUGGAAUUUAAGCAAUAUCAGAAUAAAGGAUUGUGAGCUUGCACCUGUAGUUAACCGUGACGUCUCACACAGAAUUCGUCCUGUAAAUGGCAUUACAUGUUCUCCAAUGACUAUGCUACUGGAUGCAAAGUUGGCAUUAGAUUUAAUUAAAAUUUUAGAUAAGAAGUUCAAACUUUAUGAAAAAGAGGAAUUGCCAAAUAACCAUGUUACUGAAAUUCCGACUGAGAGUUCUGUUAACAAGGAUGUUGAUGAUACUAGUGAGGUUGAAGAAAAUAAAGAGAAUAAGGAAGAAAAAGUGAAGAAAAAAGUAGAGGAGCACUUCGAUUUACCUGAUGAAAAUCCAAUUAUUUCAAAUUUGCCAUCAGAAAUAGUAGAAGCAGUUCCAAUGAAAAUCAAAGAUGAGGAAGAUGGAAAAAUAGAUCAUCCCAUCGUGGUUGAUAAAAAACUUGAAAAAUCAUUGGAUUUGCUUUUGCUGUAUUUACGUGUUGUCCACUGUGUUGAUUAUUACAAUGCUAAUGAGUAUCUGCAUGAGGAUGAGAUGCCAAUGAGGUGUGGAAUUAUGCAUGUACGUGAUCAGCCAAUUUUAUCAGCCAGUAAAAAAGAUGUUGAUGAAUGGUUUCAGAAUAUCAAAACUAAGUUAGAACAUAUUUUCAAUGAUGAUGAGUUAGCUGAUGAUGAUGAAGCAGUGAAAUUAGGAAAAAAAGAUGAAGAAAUUGAAGUUGAAAACUUUAUCAAAGCUAACACUCAAGAAAUAACACCAGACAAAUGGCUAUGCCCACUUAGUGGUAAAAAGUUUCGCGGACCAGAUUUUAUUAGAAAACAUAUUAUGAUGAAGCACUUAAAUAGUGUAGAGAAUGUAAAAACUGAAGUUAUGUUUUUCAACAAUUAUGUAUAUGAUAGCAAGCGCCCAUGCUUUCCUGAUCCUAAACUGCGUGUAAAUCCAGCUAUAACUACUACCUUUACUCCAGUAACAUCAAACCGUACAUGGGUACCUUCUGCUAGACAACCAGCUUCGUUUGCAACACCUCGUCCUCCUUAUAACGCAUCUGUUGCUACCCCCCAUUCUUUAUCUACUUCUCAACCACCAUUAAUAACACAAGAAACAUAUGGUCGAAUGAGUACUUACCCACCAAAACAAAGACGUGGUGGUUCUGCCAUUUUUAGAGAUCGUAAAGUUAUUAAGUAUCGCGACUUGGACGCUCCUGAGGAAUCAGAUUUUUUUUAAAAUCGACAGUUAAAGGUGUGCUUAUUUCGGCAAAUUUAAACAAAACCUCGUCUAUUUAACAAGAUGUAUAAUCGUUUUAUAACAUAACAUCGCUUUUAUUCCGUAAUAUAUACUUAUGUUUUGCAUUUUUAAA